CGUAGUGCCACCAUCCGCUUUGGCAAAAGGCUUAUGUCAACAAUGUCGACACGCCGAAAUAAAUUCGCUACGGUGUUUGUCGGAAUGCAACAUGAAUAUUUCAUUCGUAGCGUGAAAAUCCUGUGAGAAGCCUGCGAAUGGACAAAUGGCUUCAAGAUAGGAAGCUCUGGCUAUUCGGUAGCACGCUACCAUUGCUACCAAGGAGGUCUCGGGCGCCGAGCAAAGCCAUGGAGCGUUACGAACGUCUGGCACGUCUCGGCGAGGGUAGCUAUGGCGUCGUCUUCCAGUGCAGGGAUCGGCAAACUGGAAAACUGGUAGCUGUAAAGAAGUUUCAGCAAACCGAGGAUGAUCCCCUGAUACGUAAGAUCGCACUCCGGGAAAUACGUCUUUUGAAGAAUCUCAAGCAUCCAAACUUGGUUAAUCUUCUGGAAGUCUUCAGACGGAAGAGGAAAUUACAUUUGGUAUUCGAAUACUGUGAAAAUACCCUUUUGAAUGAAAUGGAGAAAUAUCCUAGCGGUUGCCCAGAUCUCACAACGAGACAAAUUACUUGGCAAAUUCUGCAAGGUAUCGCCUAUUGCCACCGUCUUGGAUGCGUUCAUAGAGAUGUAAAGCCAGAAAAUAUCCUCAUCACUUCCGAAGGAGUAGUAAAAUUAUGUGAUUUUGGAUUCGCGCGUAUGCUGAGUCCUGGCGAGAAUUAUACGGAAUAUGUCGCAACCAGAUGGUAUAGAGCACCUGAAUUGUUGGUUGGGGACACACAAUACGGCACUCCGGUCGAUGUAUGGGCCAUCGGUUGCGUAUUUGCUGAAUUAAUACGGGGCGAAGCUUUGUGGCCGGGAAAAUCCGAUGUGGAUCAACUAUACUUAAUAAGAAGAACGCUGGGUGAUCUUUUACCGAGACACAUGGCUAUCUUUCAACAGAAUGAAUUCUUUAGCGGUAUCACUCUUCCAACUCCGCAAACACUUACGCCGCUUGAAAACACUCUACCCCGUGGAAAUGGCAGUACUUUACAACUGGAUUUCCUAAAGAAAUGUUUGGAUAAGGAUCCAAAUGAAAGGUGGACGUGCGAACAAUUGUUGCGGCAUUCUUAUUUUGAUAAUUUUCAUUUUAAAAUGCCAGAUGUUGAGACGGAAGAAUUUGAAAAACUUAAAAAGUAUCGAGAACGUUCUAGGGUAAAAUAUAAAUCAAUAUAUAUAAGUCAAAUGGUGUUACCUCAACUACCUAAGGCUGGUCCUUCUGUCCAUAGCCAAAGUGAAAAUCGGCCGAAGAGCUCCUCAAUACAUCAACAAAAUUUUGACCAUCUACCUACUAUAAGAGGUUAAUCAAUUUCCUCUGUGAUUGUAUAUAUAUUUUCCUAAGCUUUUUGAGAAUAUUAACGUUAAUUUAUAGAAUUCUAUGAAA